UUAUCAAGCCAGACUUCAAACUGUGGACUUUGCACAAUCUACAGAAGAAACAAGGAAAACUAUUAAUACUUGGGUUGAAAAGAAAACAAAUGGAAAAAUCACAAACCUCUUCGGAAAGGGCACCAUUGACCCUUCCUCUGUAAUGAUCCUGGUGAAUGCCAUAUAUUUCAAAGGACAAUGGCAAAAUAAAUUUCAGGAAAGUGAGACAGUUAAAUCCCCUUUUCAACUAAGUGAGGGUAGAAGAGUAACUGUGGAAAUGAUGUACCAAACUGGAAUAUUUAAGUUAGCUGUCAUAAAGAAGCCACAGAUGCAAGUUCUUGAGCUGCCCUAUGUUCACAACAAAUUAAGUAUGAUUAUUCUGCUGCCAGUGGGCACAGCUCAUCUAGGACAGAUAGAGAAGCAGCUGAACGUGAGGACAUUUCAGGAGUGGACCAACUCUUCUAACAUGAUGGAGAGAGAAGUGGAGGUGCAUAUCCCCCGAUUCAAACUCCAAAUCAAAUAUGAGCUAAAUUCCCUGCUAAAAUCCCUAGGGAUGACAAAUAUCUUCAACCCAGCCAAUGCUGAUUUCUCUGGAAUGUCACCAGACAAGGGCCUGUAUUUAUCAAAAGUUAUCCACAAAUCCUAUGUGGAUGUCAAUGAAAAGGGCACUGAGGCAGCAGCAGCCACUGGGGACAAUAUUGCUGUAAAAAGACUCCCCAUCCGAGAUCGGUUCAUGGCAAACCAUCCUUUCUUGUUCUUUAUAAGGGACACCUGUACUGGUAUGCUUCUUUUUGCUGGCAAGCUUGCCUCUCCAUAAACAGAGGGAGGUGAGGGACACCAGGGAGGUAGGUGUAGGGCAGAUAAAGGACCAUAGAUCAUAGUGCACAUACCUCUGUGCCUCAGCUUGUUCACCUGUAAAAUAGGUCACUUCAACUCAUUGCAUGAGUUGGUGAAGGUUAUCUGGCUUUCUUAUCUUUGGGUCCUCGUGUGAGUGCUGUCUUUGUAAUAUGAUUGAAUUAAUGAGAAAUGUUU